UUCUCAAAUUGACAAAUACUUCAUGAUUUUGUUCUGACUUUCGGCAAAAAUUGAAUUCUCUAUGAACUAUACUUUAUCAGGCAGCAUAUCAUUAAGUAUACAUAAAUUCCUUUUCAUUAUUUCAUCUAUUAGUUUUUCAAUUAUUACAAUUAGGUAGCGCACUAAAUUCAUUAUGAUGAUAUUAUAACGAUAAAUAUUAAACAUCCUUCAUACUAUACAUAAAAUUCCUUUAUAAGGAGAAUAUGCAUGCGCGUGCGGCUUACUAUCAACUUCCGCCUACUCACGACUGUUACCGAUGAUAUCUAAAAGCGUCUAUCGACGUCAGUUAUCACUAUCUCUGACAAUCGCUAGCGUAAAGGUCGAAAUUACGACGAGUCCAAUAAUAGUUACAUUUGUAUACAAAGUAGGCCGAGUGUUUCAAGUAUACUUUAUAUCCUUUAAGACCAGACUUAAGUAAGUAUUGAAACGAUUGUUUUAACUUUUUAUAUAUACUGUAUAUGGUAAGUCUUGUUGUUCGCUAUAAAAAUAAUCAAAUAGGGCACCAACGUUUAAUUAAUAAGAUAUUGUUAUGUACGGUAUGUUUGAACCACUAAUUGUUAACAUACACUAUGGAAAUCAUUUUUUAAGUAUGAGGAUGCUAUUUCUGGGCAUCUAGAGGAGCCGCAUGCUUAAAUUGGCAAACACUCACCCAUCAACACUCACUAACUUGCCAGCUUGGGGCAUGUGGUGGGGGUGUUCUAAAAAUGUGUAUAUUACACGUUAGUGCUCUUCUUUACUGGGCACCCACUUCUACAAAUAUAUGGAUCCACCUCAGAUGGUGAAUACCCGGCGAACUCAUUGGUUUAUAGGCUAUAACUUUAGCUGUUUUCCAUCACAUUUUCCCCCCUUAAAACGGCAUUCAGAUUUGGUAUAAUGCACAUGUACACAUAUACAUAUAAAGUCGCUUUACAUUACAUUACAUAAUAUGCCUAUAAGCCUAAUAUAACCAAAUAUUUCUCUACCUCGGUUUAUACUACUUCACCAAGUAGAGGGUCACGUCACACAAGGAACACUACAGAGGGUGAUGUGUAGUCCCCGCCUAACUUAAGCCUUAACUAAGCCUUUGAAACCCCUAAAUUGUCAUAUAUUUCGUGGCUUCUCCCCUAAACCAACUCUUAAAGAUUUUGAGGGCGUAUUCCCACACCCACUUUUCUCUCGUCGGUGACAUAGGACCCCCUCCCACACCUCGGGCAAAUCCUGGCGCCACUCAACCCAUGAACAUUUGUAGAAUCAAUAUAAAAUAUUUAUGUUUAUAUUUCUUCAAUUUCAGACAUUUUCCUAUAUCUGUGAUUUAAUCCUUUAGUUUUAAUCGACUUUUAUCAAAUCAGAAUACCUCAGGUAUGACGAGAACCAAGGACCACUUAAAACUGUCAAUAUGUUACAUUUUAACAUUAAUAUCUGUAAAUCAAGUAUCUGCGUUUAAUAAUAUGGCGGUUAAUGGUACACCAACGGGUUUGGUAUACAAGUAUGACAUCCUUAAAAAUUUCUCCUUGCGAUUUGUUCCGGACGAGCUUCCGACACCCUCUCCCUUACCAACGAUAGCCGGUUCCGACGAACUUGAUGAACUACAAAAAGAAAACAAUGACGCUCCUUUAACGGAAUGCAGAACCGAUAUCUGUUGGACUUCCGUUACUUCUGAUUUGAAAGGCAACUUUACAUGGAAUACUACAGGUGCUGGACAAUACGCGUACCUGCCAUGUCCUAAUAGUGUCUGGCCAUACUACCACGCUAGUUACAUGGCGUACAGACCUUGCAAUCCGCCCCCACGUCAUAAGUACUUGUAUGACCGCAUUCUACAGCACUCCUUUAACUCAUCUUGGGGAGAUCCUGAAACCGGUAUGUGUCGAUGGUACUCUAACAUCACAUUGGCACUGGAGGAAUUACGUGACAGUCUACAGGUGUCUUUGGAAAGAAUGAAACAUCGCGAAAUAGGAAAUACCACUGAAGUAAUCGCCUACUUGAAAACAGUAGAAUUACUCCUCAGAGAUGAAAACCCGUUGAAUGAAGAGGAUGUGAAGAUGACUGCAUCCAUAUUUGAACUGGUUUUGAACUAUGGAAUUUCAAAGGUGUUUGAGCUGACGUCAGCUGUCGGGGAUCAACUAACACUGAUUACAAGUAAUAUAUUAGACAUGAAUCUUGAAAUUCUUCAGCGAUCAGAUGCCGCAACAUUAAAUAUAGCAAUCAACCUAGAGAAGUAUGCGGAGGCGGUGAUACUUCCACAGAAUACAGAAAAAAUUGAACAUCAUACACCAAACCUGAUGAUUGAUAUAAAUCAACCAAAAGGGAGUGGAUGGUUCAACUUUCCCCGUGUAUUCAGCUUUACAACCAAUAGCCAAGGAGGUGACGAUUCCGAUGGAAUAACUGUUGUUACUAUUGAUGUAACAAAUUGGGAGCCUAGAUCAUAUAAGGUCGAUCCUGAUACUGACAGCGUGCGAGUACAUAGCACUUCAACGGUCGUCAGAUCAACUGUGAUUUUGUACUAUACUGCAAAGUUUUUCAUUCCCGUUAGUGGUACUGUCACACCUAUCAAUGAUAACAUUAUGCUUUAUUUGCACGCAUUUGAAGAUGAAAACGAAGUCGAUUUGGUUAAUGACCCUAUAUCCGUGACUUUCCAUCAUCAAGCUGGGAAUAGUGACCCGUCUAAAACUCCAAGCCUUGAAUGCGCUGCUGGUAAUCUCAUACUGAGCAAUAUGACGAUUGAUAAAAUAGAAACUGAUUUUACUCCUGUCGAGCUCUCGUGGUCGGCAUCCGAAUGUCGUUUGAAUUUUACGAAUGCUACAUACACUCAUUGCCUAUGUUACAACCUUGACCUAAUUAGUCUAAUCGAAGAAUUAAUCCCGCCCACCGAAGCCCCAACUGACCCACCAUCAGGCUCAUUUUAUUGGCUGGGAUUCCCCUAUACCGAGGGCAUUGCAAUUGUCAGUUACAUCGGCUACUUAUUAUCUAUAAUCAGUUUGAUCUUAACUAUAUUGACGUAUGCCAUAUUUCCGAAGCUACGGAGAGGUCGGCCAACGUUGAUCCUGGUAAACCUAAGCAUUGCAGUACUGUUUCUUUUACUUGUCCUUGUUCUGACUUCAAUCACGUCUAACAGUAUAUCAGGUUGCCGUUGGGCAAAUUUUCUACGUUCGUAUUUCAUAUUGGUAACCAUGAUGUGGAACGGUGUGGAAGCAGUUAACCUCUACCAAGCACUUGUGAAGGUAUUCACACCAUACACCUCACACUUCGUUCUCAGAAGUGGUAUCGUAGCAUGGGGUAUUCCAAUGAUGAUUGCUGUUACUCCAUUUGUUGUCUCAACGAAGUGUUAUGAUGGAUCUUACAUCAACUGUGCGUUUAACUGUAAGUUACCGACGUGGACUUUUUACUGGGUAUUUGUGUUCCCUAUGACACUUAUAGUGAUUUUCAACGCCACGGUUUUUGGACUUGUUCUUAGAGUCAUCAAAGACAAGACACAAAAUGACAAUAACCGUGACAAUCGAUUGAGUCAAUUGCGUGGAGCAAUCGCCUUGUUUGUUCUCCUUGGCCUAACAUGGGUAUUUGGAGCUGCGGCUAUUAUAAACUACAGUUCUGCUGAGAGACCACUACAAAUAACACAAAUUGUGUGUCAGGCACUGUUUGUCGUUGGGUUAACGUUUCAGGGAUUUUUCAUUUUCGUGUUCCACUGCGCACGUUACCAAGACGUUCGUCAGCAGUGGAAAACAUCGCUGUCGUUUUUAAAUUUGAAACGAUAUUUGAAAAAACGGCGACACAAUCGUCAAAAACGCAAGUCAUCAGACAGUCAGGCAUCCACUUCAGACUUGGUAUCAAUGACAUCAAUGACAACUAUGAUGGACACGAGUGUUUGAUAGAUCUAGGCAGGACAUCGGAUCACUGCCG